CGCAUCCCCCCCCCCGCGAGCGUGCAGACGCGCGCUCGUACGUAGGUACGAAGGCAAGUCCCUCCUUACGCAGAUACGCACGGCCCACCGGCGGGCGGGAGCGGAGCGGCGAGGUCAGCGGCGCCCCGCCCAGUCAGCCAGCAAGGUUGCGCGUGCCUAGGGCGACCGCCAAGAUGGUGGUGGGCGCGUUCCCCAUGGCGAAGCUCUUCUACCUGGGCAUCCGGCAGGUCAGCAAGCCGCUGGCCAACCGCAUCAAGGAGGCCGCCCGCCGCAGCGAGUUCUUCAAGACCUACAUCUGCCUGCCCCCAGCCCAGCGUGAGUCUCACCCCGCGGUCCCUAGCCCUUCCAUUCUUGACCCCUCAGUGUACCACUGGGUGGAGAUGCGGACCAAGAUGCGCAUCAUGGGCUUCCGGGGCACAGCCAUCAAGCCGCUGAAUGAAGAGGCAGCAGCAGAGCUGGGUGCUGAGCUGCUGGGCGAGGCCACCAUCUUCAUUGUGGGCGGAGGCUGCCUGGUUCUGGAGUACUGGCGCCACCAGACUCAGCAGCGCAACAAGGAGGAGGAACAGAAGGCAGCCUGGAAUGCGCUGCAGGACGAGGUGGGCCGCCUGGCACUGGCCCUAGAAACUCUACAGGCUCAGGCACAGGCAAUGCCCUCUUUGAGCGCCCUGGAGGAGCUCCGAGCUGAGCUGCGGGAGGUGCGCACCCAGGUCUGCAACGAGCACUCCACUCCCAAGUGCCAAGUAGCAUCUUCCAAGAAAUAGUCGGCUGCUGGGGCCCCCAACAUGACCUGACCUGCCCUGGCCCAGCAGAAGCCAUCGGGACCUUGAUGCAACUGUGACCUUUGGUGGUCACCUCUUACUGACAAAAUCUGGGCAUUUCCCCCCAGGGAGCACAGCAGCAAAAGUGUUCAGAGCCCGUCAGCUGCUGACUAGAGUGCUCAGCCCCAACCAGGAACCACGUUGGACUUUCAAGAUCUUGCCAGCUAUCUCCCCACUGCUCUGACAAAGGCAAAAAUGAAAACAGGGCUCCAACCUGAUCAGGACCUGGUUAGUCCUGCCAUCAAUGGAGAGACUUCUUCCUUUGAUGGGUGAAGCCCUCAGGUCAUCAAAGCCUCUGUUCUUGUGGAGGAAGCCUGCAGUUGAUAUGCACAUUCUCUCCCCCAUCCUUGGUGCAGACCCCUCCUGGCUGUCUCAGUCGCAGCCCCACUUCCCUGUCCUCAGGGUCCUUGGACCUUGUUUCCACUGACACCAUAUUUCCUCCUGUCCUUCCUCAGUGGCAUUUCUCAGGCCAGUGGGUUAGAUGUCCAUACAUGUCUGUCUGCCCCCUCCCCACUUCUGGAACCCUGGGUCUCCCCAGGCAUGGCAUGUCACUAGGAAUUGUUCUCCCGCAAUUCUGGAAGCCAGCAGCGAAGGUCAGGAUGUUGGGGGGCUCCACUCCCUCUUCUGACAUCAGGGCUCCAAGACUUGUGGACUCUGUCUUGUCUUCAUGUGGCCUUCCCUCCCUCUUCUGUCUCUUGGACACCUGCCUUGAGUACAAGGCCCACCCUAAACCUGGGGUGACCACAUUGAAAGAUCCGUAACUACAUCUCUGAAGACCCUUUUCUAAAUCGGGAUACACUGACAGGUCCCAGGGUUAGGAUGUAGGUUUAUCUUUUGGAGCUUGUUACACUCUGCCAUCCUAGGAGUGCGCAAGGCCCUGCUGUGCUGUUUGGCUGUUUGACAUCCUUCACUUGGUUUCUGGGGUUGGGCUCAGCACUGCAGCUCCAGAAGGAUGUGACUGCAGCAGUCACUACCAUGGCUGUCGGUUCCUGAUGUUAGGAGCCCCAGAAUAAAAAGGCAUCAAAAGGAUAUAGGAGUGGCACAAUUAAUAUGGACCUCCAAACUGGACCAGUGGUCAUUAGUAACAGAAAGCUGGGUGUGGUGACUCACAGCUGGAAUCCCAACACUCAGAGGCAAGAGUGAGCCUAAGUUCCAUCGUGAGUCCCAGGACAGCCUUGUGGGCCACAGAGAGACUUUGUCUCUAAAAAAAAAAAAAAAAAGAAAAGAAAGAAGAGAAAAAGACAACAAAAUCCUGGAGAAAAGACAGAAAAGGUUUUGGCUGUGGUGGGAAAGGGGCCAUGACUCAUCCUAUGAGCUCUUUCCCAUAUAGGGAAACUGAGGCCCAGGAGAAGGAAUGCUAAGGGACGUGGCCAAGAUCCCACAGCUCAGGAGGGUCCAGCUACAGAGGGUGGGGAGAACCAGAUGGUUCUGGCUGUAAAGCAAGGUGAAGAGAGGGCUGACUCCUUCCCAGAGCCCAGAGGCACUGAGUUUCUGUCCCCUAUCAGAAGAGCCCUAGGCCACACCUGAGUUCUCUGAAUAUAGGGAACAGAUUCAUUCCACCUGGCCCUUGUCCCUAGAGGUGGGCCUGGUCAGGCUUUUCACCGCAGGGAUGAGAAUGAUCCAUCCCAGUAUUCUCCAGGUGGAAACCCAAGACUUGCUUCUGAGACUGUAUCUCAACUUCUAGAAGAGGGAGAAGUUGUUGUUUAGCUUUACUUUAUGUGCAUUGCUAUAAAGGUGUCAGAUCCUCUGGAGCUGGAGCUACAGACAGUUAUGAGCUGCCAUGUGGGUGCCGGAAAUUGAACCAUGGUCCUCUGGAAAAGCAGUUGGAAGAGCAUCUCCAGCCCCCAGAAGUUGGUGUCUUUAAAUUUUGAGUUAGGUGAGGCCCUGACUGAGGGACAAAGGCAAAGGACCGGCAUGAUUGCACGAUGGAGGACAGAGGAUAGAGCAGGGAAGCAGCUCCUGCCCGAUCGCCAUGGUUACCCCUGACACCAUGGCACCAGCAAUAGCUCUGAGACCAGUUCUGGCCACCCUGCCCGGUGUCAGUCCACGGCAGUUACGGCAAAGCCAGGACAAGCCAAGGGCCCUGGGCUCAGGUCAGUCAUUACUCCAGCAAAGCAACUUCACUGUUCUGAGUUCCCUGAAGAACUCCCAAGAAAGUUUUCCCUGAGACAAACGUCACCUUCAGGUCAGCCAAGCAUGACAGUAGGCCUGUGGGCCCAUGCUGACCCGGGGGAGCCUUCACAUGGUCCUAAUGAGUGUGGACAUGUUAGGACCUGUGCACAGCCUUACCCCAGUGACAGUGGGGGAAGCAAGUGUGAUGGGGUGUGUGGUUCCAGACGCUUCCACAAGGCUGAAGGCCGGAGCAGCUCUCACGGCUCUGCUGUCCUAGUCACUGCAGUGUUAAAAUUUCCCAUGUAGGGAGAAGGGUGAGAAUAAACUUAUUACUGAA